AUUUUUGCUGUUGUUCCUUGCUUACUUUAUUUAUUUGCCACCACAUCUUUAUCCUCUAUAUCCUCAGCGGGCCACUAACACAAACAAUUUUUUUUAUCAAAAUGGGUCGCAUUCGUCGUAAGCGCAUGCACUGCAACAACAAGGAGCUGCAUCACAAGUACAAGACCAAGCGUCGCACAAAGGACCUCGACCAAAUCCAAACUGACUUGUUGCCCGAGAACAAGCACCGCCUACUCAAUUUGCCGAGGACGAGGAUCUGCCCGCACUACUGCAUAGAAUGCUCUAGAUACUACACCGAAGACAAGAUGUUGGUAGAACACCGCCGCGGCCGCGAACACAAAAGGAGACUCCGUGAUCUGAAGGAUCCCGCUUACACACAGAAGGAGGCCGAGGCUGCCGCCGGUCUGACUACCGACAACGGACGCACCGUCUCUUCAUCCAUGCCUGGCCCCCAGUCGUUGCUCUCGCUGAAAGAGAAGAAUGACCAUGAUGCGGCGUUUAAGGCUGCUUCCGAAGAUAAGGUUAUGGAUACGGAGCAAUUGAGCACUUGAGUAUUUGAGCACACGAACACACAUAUUGGCCGACAGUUGUUGUCACCUGCAAUUGGUUUAGUAGAGUAAUUACAUUUUUCGCGCUCGUUUCUUUUGGAGGCUUCUUUUAAUAAAAAUUCACUGUGGAUAUUAA